CUAAUACACAAUUCACCCACAAUAUCCUAUACACAAAAGUCACCAUGACAAUCCGCUCAAUCUCCGCCACCACAACCUCCUCCAUAACCAACGAGGAUAUCAAAUCCGCCAUAGAUGCAGCAAUCAACACCUUAACCCCCUUCUUGCGCACCCUAAACCACCAAAUCUACUCCAACCCCGAAACAGCAUACACGGAAUACUUCGCCCACGACACCAUCUGCACAUUCCUCGAAUCCCUCAACUCCCCCACCGACCCCAACUCUCACAUCUUCCCAGAAAUAACCGUAACCCGCCACGCCUACAACCUAGAAACCUCCUUCGAAGCCACCGCAGGCACAGGAGGCCGACUGGUAAACUUCAACGCAGAAUACGAUGCCCUACCGGGCAUUGGACACGCGUGCGGACAUAAUUUGAUUACCACGAGUAGUAUGACUGGGUUUUUGGGACUUGCGGCACUACUUAAAAAGUUUGGGGGUGAGGGACGGGUGCAGUUGUUAGGGACGCCGGCGGAGGAGAAUGGGGGUGGGAAGGCGAGGUUGGUGGAGGAGGGGGCGUAUAAGGGUGUUGAUGUUUCGUUGAUGGCCCACCCCGGCCCAAAAGACCUCUAUCCAGGCAUAAUAUCAGACGGAAUAGCAGGCCCCCUAAUGAACGCCCGCAAAGAACUGCACGUAACAUACACAGGCGUCACCGCGCACGCCGGUGGAAACCCCUGGGACGGGGUCAACGCUCUCGACGCGCUGGUCUGCGCGUACAACAACGUAUCUGUCCUGAGGCAGCAGAUCAAGCCUGAUGAGCGGAUCCAUUGUGCGUUUUUGGAGACGCCGAGUGCGGCGAAUGUGGUUCCGGGUAGGACGAGGGCUUAUUGGCAGGUUAGGAGUCCUAGUUUGAGGGGGUUGGAGGAGUUGAUGGGGAGGGUUAGGGGGUGUGUUGAGGCGGGGGCGGGGGCUACGGGGUGUGGGGUUGAGAUUGUUGAAAAAGAACUCUACGCCGACAUAAAAAACAACUCCCCCCUCUGCACUCUCUACAAAACCCACAUGACGUCCUACAACCGGGACAUCCUGCACUCACAUCCCUCAAACAAAGUUCUAACCGGCUCCUCUGACAUCGGCAACGUAAGCUACGUCGUGCCGACGCUACACGCCAUGUUUGCGAUUCCGGCGGAUGAGGGCGUGUUUAUGCAUCAUCCGCGGUUUGCGGAGGCGGCGGGGACGGAAGGGGCGUUUGGGGAGGCGGUGACUGUGGGGAGGGUGCUUGGGUUGGUGGGGCGGGAGAUGAUUCUUGAUGGGAAGGGGUUUGAGGGGGUUAGGGGGGCUUGGGAGGAGAGUUUGAGGGAGUAAGUCCGGAUGCUGGAGGAAGCUUGUAGCUGUGCUGGGCUGGGAAAGUGUACUAGUUGUUAGUGUACUAGACAGCGUGUACUAGAUACGUUGGAACAAUAAAUCAAGACACAUAGGCACAGUAUGAUGUGUGUAGACAAUAGAGAAAACAAUUCAAUCCAUU